AUGGACAACACCCAUGUCCGACUGGUGAAGAACCUCACGACAUCCUACGAGAUCUCCCAGUUCAUUUGCCAUAAGUAUGAGGGUGCUGUAUUCCACGGCGACCCCUACUUCAUCCAGCACUACUUGAUGGAAAUCAGGUAUGAGGAGGGCUCAGACCUGACUAAAUUCUUCUUGAAGCUGGAGAACGCGAUGAAAGCCGCGCAAGAAGCCACCGACACGGUGAUGGCAGAGUCGCAGAAGUCGACCUACCUGUUUCACUCCAUGCCCAAGUCAAGGAAGAAUGACCUCCGCAUCUGGAAAGGCCAACGGAAGUAUAUCCCGUACGAAGACUUGAACCAGAGCAUCGAGGGCAAGGUCCGUGACAUCCAGACUCAAGAGCGGUAUACGCUGUCUAAGGGAAUACCUGAGACCAGCGACACCAAGAACGAGCGUGCCCUAGAUCGCAACGGGAACUGCAAUUGCUCUUACUGUGACCGUCCAUGCCAUAACAUUCGUCAAUGCCGCGGACUACAAAAGGACCUGCGAGACGGACGAGUGAGGCACGGUACUGCCUGCGAACUUCGCUUUCAAGGGCAACUCGAAGCGCGACCAUCCGUAUCGCAAUUCCAAGAGCUGGAGCCAGCACCAAGGACGCAGCAACAACAGCAACAACAACGGGAACGGUCGCAGAGACAAGCACCACGGUAG